CUUUUAUGUAACUGGUUCCUGGGUUUUCGGGGAGUGAAGGUGGAUACACAGGGGGAUUUGAGCGAGAAGCAGCGUCACUGGUUUGGGGCGAAGGGACGAAAGACUCUGCUCUGCCGGAAGCUAACCGGUAAUAUAAAUAAUUUAAUAACCACUAUUAUUUUCUGGACCUGAUUGGUUUUUAACUUCAGAAGAAAUAAUGGAAAACCAAGAAUUUAUUGUUCUAUAUACUCAUCAAAAGAUGAAGAAGUCAAAAGUGUGGCAAGAUGGAAUUCUGAAGACCACUCAUUUAGGAAACAAAGCAAUUUUAUAUGAUGACAAAGGAGAAUGUCUGGAGAGUUUAUUUCUUAAGUGCCUUGAGGUGAAACCCGGAGAUGAUUUAGAAAGUGAUCGAUACUUAAUCACAGUUGAAGAUGUUAAAGUUGCUGGAAGCAUAGCUGUUAAAGAGGAUGUCAUUAAAGAAGCACCACAUUUAAAUUCAAGGUUUAAAUCUGGCCAAUCCCUUGGAUGUCAGCCUGCUGGUUUAAAAAGGAUGUUUACUGGUUUCCAAGGACCACGUGAAGUGCCAAAGAAAAUGCUUAUUACAGAAAAUGGUGAAUCAGCCGCAUCAUUUGAGGCUAAGAAACUUGGCUCUGUUUUUCUUUCUCCAUUGUACAGCACACCUCCUUUGUUUUCUACUGUUGGCAAGAAAGAUAUAAAUAAUAUGCUAACUGACUCUGAGAACAUUGUCACUUACAAGAACAGAGAGAGAAAUUUUUCUUCAAUUGUUUGUACUCCAUCCUUCAAGAUUAACCAAGAAAUGCUAUGUGAGGAAAAUUAUUUUUGCCCUCCUGUCAGUUCUAUAAACAAGCAUUCAUAUUCUUUACUGACUAAUGAAGGCAUGAAAAGAGAUGGGUUGACAUCUCACUGUAUAGGAGUUUCACAAAACAUCAGAAGCAAAGCACAGAUACUAGCUCUUCUUAAGUCUGAAUCAACUAGCGUGUGUAAGGAACUAAAUUCUGAAAUUAUACAACAGUUCCCUCAGAUACAACUUCAAGAAAGUAUUCCUACUAAACCAAAGUCCUUAAUUGAACAGGAAGAGUGUGCUGAGGUGAAGAGCACAGAAAGUUUAUACUGCCAGCAUCAAUUAGAAGAUACCAUGAGAAAUAAAAGCCGGUGGGCCACAUACUUACCCUCACAGAGUUCACCUGUGCAUCCUACUGAAGAUGGAAAUGAUUUAAGGAAACCCGAAUCUCAGAGAGAUGAUAUAAAUUUAGAUUUGAAAGACCUUUCGGUACAAAAAGGAAUACAGUUAUUUGAAACAUGUGCUGAAAAGGGAAAAGAGUAUAAUAAAGACAAGUCAGUAGAUAAUAAUAAUCAAUUCCAGGAUCAGGAAGUAAAGUUAGAAAUUCCUUCAUUCUGUGAAAACAACAGCUUACCAGUUACCUGUAGCAAUGUGGAAAAUGAUGCCUUAUUAUCAGAAUUGGACAGUCAAGAAAACAAUAAAAUACGUGUUAAUCAAAAUGACCAGCUGUGCAUAAAAGGAUCAAUUCUCAUUAGAGAAAAUGCUCAAGAGAGAAAUACACAUGGAACAUCAGAAAAGAAGUAUAAACAACCAGUGUUAUAUUUGCCGGAAUCUGAUCAUCCAAAAAUUGAAUCUUCUCUAAGUAAUAAUUCUAGAAUCUCUGAUGGCAUUGCUGAUAUGUUUUCUAAAAGCAAUACUGAUAGUAAAAUCCUUAGUGGUAAUUAUGAGUCCAUGAAUAAUGCAACACAACCACUUGUGGAGGUGACUUUUAAUCUGAACAAUUUUGAAACUAGUGACACUGAGGAGGAAUCACAGGAAAGCAAUAAAAUUUCCCAGGAUUCAGAGGGUUGGGUACAGGAAACUUUGGUUAAUGACAUCAAUUCAUGUGUUCAAAAGGGAUAUAAAGAUACAAGCUGUAAAGAAGUUGGCAGUGAAUGUUUGUCUCUCUUAACAUCUGUUGGCAAUAAACCUAAAGAGACCCUGCCAUCACAGUUUUAUGAUAAAGUGCAUGUAGGUUUUGACACAGGACCUUGGAAAGCUGGAAACACUGGAAAAGAAAUAGAGAAGGAGUAUAGUGACACAUUAGGCAAUUUUGACUCAUCUUUAGAGUGGACUGAUGAUGUAUAUGUAGAUAAGGAAGAUGCUCAUAAAUCUAUCCAAAAAGCCAUAGCUAACUAUGAUUUUGCUUCAUUCUCAAAUAAAUCUAAAGCUAUAAACACAAAUUUACAUAUUCCUCAUUUUGUAAACAUAGCCACUAAUUACAUUCCUGUAAGCAACCUAUUUUCAGAACAAGUUAAGCCUAAGCCAUUUAUCAAGGGGAGUGACUUAGACAAAAACAAUAAACAGGUUUUACCAUCAACUUCUAGCAGUGAUAUCAGCAUCCAACUAUUAAAUGCCAAUCAGAAUCACUCUGAAGAAUGUAUUAGACUUGAUAAAUCAAAUAGCCAAGUUUCCAAUUCUUUGUUUUAUCCUCUGGGAGAAAAACAUUCUAUUCCCAAAGACACAGAAGCAUGUAUUCCUGAAUUUGAAGAUUUGGAAGGGAUUAAAAGUUUACACCAUGACCAUAUUGAAAUAGAAGAUGGUGGAGAAAGCAGGCAAUGCCAGAAUAGUGCUAGAAAUUCUUCAGAACUUUCUGAUUUAGUAAACAAUAUUUCCCUCUUAAAGUCAUUGUCUGAAUACAGUACAGCUUUAGAAGGCUUGGAAAUACUGAGAAAGAAAACUACUACCUUUAAACAACAAGGAACUCUGCAGACAUAUGAGCCAGAUAGCAAUCCUGAAGCCAAGAAACCAUUGACUACAGUAGUUUCACAAGCUAUACCAAAGUCUCAUCUGAAUCAGGAUUCGCCACAGUUCUUUUCCUUGGCAAGUAAAGAAGAGACGACUUUUGUAGCUGUUAUUCCUAAACAAAUAGAGAGAAAAACCUGUGACUCUAAGCCUGUUGAGUUUCAAGGGCACCAAGUAAAAGGAUCUGCUACUAGUGCAGUGAUGGUGAGAGGAGACAGCUCACAACUAGAAUGCAGUCAGUUUCCAGAUAACAUUGAGUGUGAAAACUACACGACAGACACUUGCUUUUUGAUACCAGAGUUGCCUAGCACUUGUAUGCAGAUUGACUUCUUGCAGGUGACAUCACCAGAACAAAAGAACUCAGCAUUAAGCCCUGUUUCUCCUUUUUCUUUGAACUCAAGAGAUGAAGACUUCAUGCUAGAAUUCUCUGAGGAGUCCCUGAAAGCAGGAACUUUACCUGCCUUUUUUCUUUCAGUAAUGAAAAAAUCCACUUCUCUGGAGAAUAAGAGUCUUCCAAGGCUUCCGUUAGUAAGUAGAACCCAAGUUCCACUUACUACUUUGCCUGCUGAUGGGCCGUCUGACUUAGAUUUUUGUUCAUAUGUGAUCAGCUGUGACAGUCAAGAGUCUUCUGGCUCCCCCAUAUUCAACUUGUGUGAAGAGUCAGCAGUUCUUUCUUUUAGCUUUGGGCCUGAGGACCAAAGUGAAACUUCUUUCUCUAGGGAACCUAGGGAAGUGACUGCAGGGGAUGCUUCACUUCUUGAUAAUAUAUCUACUGAAAGCAAGUGGCUGAAAUACCAAAAUAUACCCCAGUGCAACCUGACUACUACAAACAGAGUUGAUAAAGUAACAGAUGGCUCCUUUGCUGAGGCUGAUGCUGGGAUGCAUUUUAGUGACACAGGUGAAAGACAGAGCAAUGCUGCGAAUGAAAGCUCUUUAGACUCUCUGCAUUUGCAAAUGAUAAAAGGCAUGCUCCAUCAACAGCAGCAGGAUUUUAGCAGUCAAGAUUUGGUUUCCAGAAAGAAAACACUUUCUUUGAAUUUAAAGCAGACUUCCAGGACUGAGGAAAUUCAAAAUGCGUUAGGAGAGUCUGCCUAUUACAACUACAGUGUAACAGGAGAUUUACAGGAGAUAAAUGGCUCUGAGCUUUGCUUCCCAAGUGAGCAGAAAAUAAAAUCUGCUUAUCUUCCCCAAAGGCAAAUUCACAUACCGGCUGUUUUUCAGUCUCCUGCUCAUUAUAAGCAGAUCUUUACAUCUUGUCUCAUAGAACAUCUAAAUAUAUUGAUGUUUGGGUUGGCACAAAGGUUGUACAAAGCUCUAUCAAAAGUUGAUAUAUCAUUUUAUACAUCAUCAAAACGAGAAAAACUGAAAGAUUUAGAAAAUAAUGUGCCAUCCUGCCAUCAUCAUCAACCUGCAAAACUUGUCAUGGUUAAAAAGGAAGGUCCAAAUAAGGGUCGUCUCUUUUAUACCUGUGAUGGACCCAAAGCUGACCGAUGUAAAUUCUUCAAGUGGCUUGAAGAAGUGACCCCAGGAUAUUUAACACAGAAAGAAUCUCUACCUAGCAUGGUUUUAAGUGAUAUGAAGAGUGUUGGCUUAUAUUUAAGAAGUCAAAAUAUACCCCUCUAUGAGGAAUGCCAGCUUUUGGUGAGAAAAGGAUUUAAUUUUAAAAGAAAACAAUAUGGCAAACUAAAGUUUACUACUGUAAAUCCUGAAUUUUAUGAUGAACACAAAAGCAAGCUUUAUCUUAAGCUGAGUCGGAAGGAAAGCUCUUCAACUUAUAGCAAAAAUGAUCUUUGGGUGGUUUCAAAAACCCUAGACUUUGAAUUGGAUACUUUUAUUGCAUGUAGUGCUUUCUUUGGACCAUCAUCUAUCAAUGAGGUGGAGCUAUUACCUUUGAAAGGUUAUUUCCCCUCUAACUGGCCCACUAGCAUAGUGGUCCAUGCAUUAUUGGUUUGUAAUGCUAGCACAGAGCUGACCACUUUGAAAAACAUUCAGGACUACUUUAAUCCAGCUACUCUGCCUCUAACACAGUACCUGUUAACAAUGUCUUCAUCAACUACAGUUAGCAACAAGAGAGUCAAUAAGAGAAAGUUUAUCCCUCCAACCUUUUCAAAUGUCAACACAAAAUCUGAACUACUCAGCCUGGAAGCAACACUGCAGUUAGCUAGUGAGUUAAUUCAGGCACACAAGUUAAAUGAGGGUCAAGCUACAGCUCUGAUUCAGAUUGCUCAAAUGAUGGCAUCAGACAGAAAUGUUGAAGGAGGGAAGGAACCACGAACCCACACCCUCCCUGUAACAAUCAUACAUGGUGUUUUUGGAGCAGGAAAGAGUUAUUUGCUGGCGGUGGUGAUUUUAUUUUUUGUUCAGCUAUUUGAAAAGAGUGAAAUUCUUACAGUUGGAAAUGCAAGACCAUGGAAACUUCUGAUUUCUUCUGCCACUAAUGUAGCUGUUGACAGAGUACUUCUUGGGCUUCUCAGUCUUGGAUUUGAAAAGUUUGUCAGAGUCGGGAGUAUCAGGAAGAUUGCCAAGCCAAUUUUACCCUAUAGCUUGCAUGCUGGCUCAGAAAAUGAAAAUGAACAAUUAAAAGAACUGUAUGCACUAAUGAAAGAAGACCUGACUCCUGUGGAGAGAGUGUAUGUGAGAAAAAGCAUUGACCAACAUAAACUGGGGACCAAUAAAACCCUGCUGAGGCAGGUUCGAGUAGUUGGAGUUACCUGUGCAGCCUGCCCAUUCCCAUGCAUGAAUGAUCUUAAAUUUCCUGUAGUUGUGCUGGAUGAGUGUAGCCAAAUAACUGAGCCGGUCUCUCUCCUUCCCAUUGCAAGGUUUGAAUGUGAAAAGCUGAUUCUUGUUGGAGAUCCCAAACAGCUUCCUCCUACUAUUCAAGGUUCUGAUGCAGCUCAUGGAAAUGGAUUGGAGCAAACUCUUUUUGAUCGGCUUUGCUUAAUGGGUCACAAGCCAGUUCUGUUGAGAACCCAAUACCGUUGUCACCCUGCAAUCAGUGCUAUUGCUAAUGAUCUGUUUUAUGAAGGAAACCUCAUGAAUGGUGUUUUGGAAACAGAGAGGAGCCCUUUAUUGGAAUGGCUACCAACCCUGUGUUUCUAUAAUGUUAAAGGACUGGAACAGAUUGAAAGAGAUAACAGCUUUCAUAAUGUAGCAGAAGCUGCUUUUACACUCAAGCUGAUUCAAUCGCUGAUUGCUAGUGGAAUAGUGGGCUCUAUGAUUGGUGUGAUAACAUUAUACAAAUCCCAGAUGUACAAGCUUUGUCAUUUACUCGGUGCUGUGGACUUUGACCGUCCUAAUAUUAAAGCUGUGCAGGUGUCCACAGUAGAUGCUUUUCAGGGAGCUGAAAAGGAGAUCAUUAUUUUGUCCUGUGUAAGGACAAGACAAGUUGGAUUCAUUGAUUCAGAAAAAAGAAUGAAUGUUGCUUUGACCAGAGGAAGGAGGCAUUUGUUGAUUGUGGGAAAUUUAGCCUGUUUAAGGGAAAAUCGACUAUGGGGCCAUGUGAUCCAGCAUUGUGAAGGAAGAGAAGAUGGAUUGCAACAUGCAAGCCAGUAUGAACCACAACUGAACCAUCUCCUUAAAGAUUAUUUUGAAAAACAAGCAGAAGAAAAAGAGUGAAAAAGAUAAAUCUAAAGAUAAAUCUUAUUCACAAAGACAUGGUAUAUUUUGUAUUUAUGUAAAUUCAAAUUCAUUUUACACUUGCAUUUUUUAUUUAUUUUUACCCCCAAACCCUUGUUAUCAAAUAAAUACUCUGAUAUUUAAAUAAUAUUCAAUAAAUACAUAUAAAAAUUUUGCUCUUCAAAAAAUCAGAUAUUACUUAGA